GCACCGCCUGCCACCGGCCUCGCGCGGACCGAGGGCGGGACGUGGGGCGACGGGGGCGCGGCGCGGCAGAGCUGAGGCGGCGGCAGGACUGCGCGGCGGCCCGGACGCUCGGCAUGGCUCGCCUGGUGCUCGGUCUGGUGAGCUGCACCCUCUUUCUGACAGCGGAGGGUCUGUAUUCCUCUAGCGAUGAUGUCAUCGAACUGACCCCGUCCAAUUUCAACCACGAAGUUAUUCAGAGCGAUAGUUUGUGGCUUGUAGAAUUCUUUGCUCCAUGGUGUGGCCACUGCCAAAGGUUGACACCAGAGUGGAAGAAAGUAGCAACUGCGUUAAAAGGUGUUGUGAAGGUGGGUGCCGUGGACGCGGACAAACACCAGUCCCUCGGGGGACAGUAUGGGGUGCAGGGAUUCCCUACCAUCAAGAUUUUCGGCUCCAACAAAAACAGGCCAGAAGAUUAUCAGGGCGGCAGGACUGCCGAGGCCAUAGUGGACGCCGCUCUCAGCGCCGUGCGCCAGCUCGUCAAGGACCGCCUGGGCGGAAAGGGUGGCGCCUACAGCUCUGGAAAACAGGGCAGAGGUGAGAGUUCAAGCAAGAAGGACGUGAUCGAGCUGACAGACGACAACUUUGAUAAGAAUGUUCUGGACAGUGACGACGUUUGGAUGGUUGAGUUUUACGCUCCGUGGUGCGGACACUGCAAAAACCUGGAGCCGGAGUGGGCCGCCGCCGCCACCGAGGUCAAGGAGCAGACGAAAGGGAAGGUGAAACUCGCGGCCGUGGACGCCACGGUCAACCAGAUGCUGGCCGGCCGCUACGGGAUUCGGGGAUUCCCUACGAUCAAGAUAUUUCAGAAAGGCGAGUCCCCUGUGGACUACGAUGGAGGGCGGACGCGGUCCGACAUCGUCUCCCGGGCCCUCGACCUGUUUUCCGACAACGCGCCGCCUCCGGAGCUGCUGGAGAUCAUCAGCGAGGACGUCGCCAGGAAGACGUGCGAGGAGCACCAGCUCUGCGUGGUGGCCGUUCUGCCCCACAUCCUCGACACCGGGGCUGCAGGCAGAAACUCUUACCUGGAAGUUCUUCUGAAGUUGGCAGACAAGUACAAGAAGAAGAUGUGGGGGUGGCUGUGGACGGAGGCUGGAGCCCAGGCGGAGCUGGAGAGCGCGCUGGGCAUCGGCGGGUUCGGCUACCCCGCCAUGGCGGCCAUCAACGCGCGCAAGAUGAAGUUCGCUCUGCUCAAGGGCUCCUUCAGCGAGCAGGGCAUUAACGAGUUUCUCAGGGAGCUGUCCUUCGGGCGAGGAUCCACCGCACCCGUGGGCGGUGGAGCCUUCCCCGCCAUCAGCACCAGAGAGCCCUGGGACGGCAAGGACGGCGAGCUGCCGGUGGAAGACGACAUCGACCUCAGCGACGUGGAGCUGGACGACCUGGGGAAGGACGAGCUGUGAGGGGUCGGCAGGGACUGGGGUCCUUUCCUUGGGAGCAGGUGUCUCCGGCAGUGGGGGGAGCGGUCUGUGUGAGCAGACGGCUCUGCCCGUGGCCUUGUCGCCCGAGAAGCGGCACUUGAUCGGUCAUCAGAGAACACUGCGACGGUGAACUUCUGCAUCUCAAGAAAACAAUGGAAAAUUCUAUGAAUUGUAGCCAGUGAAUUGGGUUGUAUUCCGUCCAGUAAUAUUUUGAAGAAAACUGAUGGGCUGUUGAAACACUUUUCCCUCCCUCUGACUGCUGCUUGGGUGUUCUUGGAGGCUGUUUCUUACGUAAGUUUUUUAAUGUGAUUCUUUCAUUUGAAUAUUAAUGGCUUUUUCCAUUAAAGAAUAAAACAAUAUUUUGGACAAUGCCAA